GUGAAGCAGGGCGUCCUGACCUUCAGCCCGCGAGACUGGAAGGGAGUCUCCGACGACGCCAAGGGGCUCAUCCGGUUGCUGGUGAAGCACGACCCGAAGGAGCGCCUGAGCGCCGAGCAGGCCCUGAACCACUCGUGGAUCAAGAACUGCGCUCCCCAGGCCUCCGGCGUCGCGCUGCCCACCAACUUCGUUUCGAGGCUGCGGAGGUUCAGGUGCCGCAGCAAGUUCGCAAAGGCUGUGCUGCACGUGAUCGCCUCCCAGCUGAACGAGGUACAGAUCAAAGGCCUCCGCGAGACGUUCCUGUCGCUGGACAGCAAUGGGGACGGCCUGCUGACCCUUGCGGAGAUACGGGACGGCCUCUUGCAGGCAGGCAUCAUGGAGCUGCCCGAGGACCUGAAG